AUGCGUCGCUCGACAAGAUGUAUGCCAUCUCUGUCAAGCCCUUACACUGGUAUUUUUCAAACAUGUAUUGACGUUUCUGAUGCUUAUACAAGACAAUUGAAUUUAAGUCCUCUGAUUUUGCAUCUUCCAUUGGAUGAACAACUGAAUGAUGCAGAUCUUUAUGGUCUGACUGUACGUUUAAGUAGAAAUAAAUCAUUUAUUAAAACUAAAAAAAAUUUGAAUCCUCCAUUUUAUCCUUGUAACGUCGACCCGUAUCUUCAAAGAGUUGACUUAUGUGAUGGCGAUGCAAAAGUUGAUUCUCUUGUUCAAAGUUUAACUAAUAGUUUAAAUGGUGAUACGAGACCAGGGAUACUAGUAAUGUUUACGCAACCUCCAUUGAAAAAGGAAGAAAUCACUGAGUAUAACAACCUUACUCCAAUGAAGACUGAACUAUUUAACCAGUCAAAAAUACGUGACCAGACCAUCGUUCAAGAUUUCUCAGAUUAUCGUCCUUUAACAGGAGUUUUGAUCAAAAUUGGUUCUAUUACUCCCAACAUGCAUAAUCAAGAAGCUGGACAUUUACAUGAUGAAAAGUCACAUAUCACCAAUGGGAUUACUCCUACUGUGUCUGAUCGUUUAGAACGCUCAAUAGUAGGAGCUUUUUGCCGGCAAUCAGUUCCAGAUGACGUAGCUGAAGAAAUUUUACGAGUGACAUUUGUUCGGUCUAUUGUGGAAGCAUUAUGCUAUGAGGACACACUACUUUUUUACCAGAAUAAUAGAAAAAAAACUAGUAAUAGUACCAAGUCAUGUGUUCUUGCUUCCUAUGGCUGCACACAAUGGUACUAUAAUACAUCACUACCUAUUAUAUCGCAAACAGAUAUUCCUGACAAGGAUAAACGAUUUGUGUCGAUCAACACUGGGGAUUUAGUAUUAUGCCCUUUUGUUUUACUUCCAACACUCUUACGAAGGUUGCGUUUCUCUAUGCAUUGGGAUAGAGAAGAAGGUUCUAACGAUUUUAUUCACGAAGAUACUAACGCUGAGUGUUCAUGUAUGAAAAAAGUUCGAAACAAUCUCCAAUUACAAAAAUCACAGCUAACCGGCAACGGAAACAAAUCAAAUACUACUUCAGCCCUUUCAGAAAGCAUUCAAAAUGAAUUUUAUCAAUUUUUUACAUUGAAUUCCAAAAGGUUUAAAGGAUUACUAGAAAACAAUAUGUGUUCCCUUAUUGAGUCAACACCAUCUGAGGCAACGUUGAAAUUUUGCAUUGAUAAUACAAGGAAUGUAAAAAAUCAUAUAGAUCAAGUUUCAGUGUCUGAAAAUCGUGAAACAAAACGUAAGCGGACACACCAAACGUGAAUCUAACUAGUUACAAAUUUAAGGGUUUAAAUUAUUUCCUUACUUGUUUAUAAAAAAAAUUCUUAUUCUAUUGUUCAAUUUUUUUUUUAUUCGUGUGAGCUAUUACAAAAUACUACUAAAAAUUUUAUAUUUUAUAGAAUAGUUUUUACUUUUUC